AUUUUCAAUCCAUGGAACAUGGAUUAAUGAUAAUAGUUAAUACCGAAUGCCGAAUACCUACCUAUUUAAUAAAUGACAUUAUUAAUAUUUUAAUUUUCUUUGUUAUUAAUAUAGUAUGAAGUCGUUGUUCACAUAACAAACUUAAAUAAGUUUUCUCAAGAUGCAGUUACAAACAAUACUUUUUUGUUCAAUUGUAAUUUUCAAUGUUUUUGUUGGAAGCGCAAGAGAUGAACGACCAAAGACCCUUGAACAAAAAGUACAACAACUCAAUGAAAUGUAUACUAAGAAAUUUGUACUCAGGUUUAAUGGACCAAAGUUUAAAGAAUUUGUAAAACAGCCACCAAGAAAUUAUUCGGUUAUUAUGAUGUUUACUGCCAUGGCUUCACAUAGACAAUGUUCUAUUUGCGGUCAUGCUAGUGACGAAUUUAUUAUUGUUGCAAAUUCAUAUCGUUAUACUCAUAGAUUUGAUGGUCCUUUAUACUUUGGAAUUGUUGAUUUUGACGAGGGUUCUGAUAUUUUUCAAAUGAUGCGUAUCAACACUGCCCCAGUUUUUAUGCAUUUUCCACCUAAAGGUAAACCAAAGCCUUUAGAUACCAUGGAUAUACAAAGAGUUGGAUUUGCGUCGGAAAUGAUUGCUAAAUGGAUUCAAGAAAGAACUGACGUACAGAUACGAAUUUUCCGUCCACCAAAUUAUUCAAGUACAUUUGCUUUGUCAAUCUUAUUUGCAAUUUGUUCAUCAUUUUUGUAUAUUAGAAGAAAUAACAUGGAAAUGUUUUUCAACAAAAAUUUAUGGGGAAUCGGCGCUGUGAUAUUCUGUUUAACCAUGACAUCUGGACAAAUGUGGAAUCAUAUAAGAGGACCUCCUCUUAUGCAUCGUACCCAACAAGGAGUAAUUACAUAUAUUCAUAAUUCUUCACAAGGACAGUUUAUCGUGGAAACUUACAUUAUUAUUAUUUUGAAUACUAUACUAGUUUUUGGUGCUGUAAUCAUGACAGAUUCUUAUUCUAAGAAGACUGACUCAAAAACUCGUAAAAUUAUGGCCGUUGUUGGUUUAGUUUUAGUUGUGUUCUUAUUUAGUGUGAUAUUGUCAAUAUUCAAGUCGAAAGCUCAUGGAUAUCCUUACAGUUUUUUGAUCAAAUAGAUAAAAAAUAGAAUAAUGGAAGAUAGAUGCACCGAAUAUAUAAUUUUCUACUUCCUUUAUAAAACAAGAUACUACUUGCACCGAAAAAAUGUUAAAAUAUUUAAACAAACUUUUCUUACUUGUAUAUCACAAUUUUAUUUUGAAAGUGAGUGUACUUUCUUAUUUCAUGUUCACUUAGAUUGAUUUUUAUAAAAUGUAAAACAUUGAUUAAA